ACGCCUAUGACUGAAGUACCUAGUAUUUUUAGUGUUCCAUUUUAUCUGUUCAAUGUAAAUUCACUUUGCAUUCUGAUUCUCAUUUGUUGUGAAAAAUCCGCAUUUGGAUCUUCUGCAAAGUCAUUAACGUUGGAUUCAGAUCCGAUUCGAAACCCUAGUACUCAAGAACUUCCUUCACUUUCUGUUCAAUUUUUCAUGGAAGAUUUACAAAUCUGAACCCUAAACAAACCUCCUCCCGAUCCGUAGUUUAAUCAAUCAAUCAACCAUGGUGAGCAAGGUCGACGCCGCGAACGGCGGUGUAAAAUCGCCGGCCACGGCAGCAACACCACCCAGCUCGAAGCCAGAUCUGUUAUCGUCCACCUUCUCUCUCAAAACCCUAAAACUGAAAACCAAGCAGCAAGAACUCCUGAUCCGAGUCACCAUUCUCGGUCUAGUCUACAUCUUGGCCUUCAUCACUCGCCUCUUCAGUGUCCUCCGAUACGAGAGCAUGAUUCACGAAUUCGAUCCCUACUUCAAUUACCGAACCACACUCUAUUUGACUCGGAAUGGUUUCUACGAGUUCUGGAACUGGUUCGACUCAGAGAGUUGGUACCCACUGGGUCGAAUCAUUGGUGGCACUCUCUACCCUGGUCUCAUGGUCACCGCAGCUAUCAUCUACUGGGCGCUGCGGUUCCUCCGGUUCGCCGUCCACAUUCGCGAGGUCUGCGUCCUGACGGCGCCCUUUUUUGCCUCCAACACCACUCUCGUGGCCUACUUCUUUGGGAAAGAGUUGUGGGAUUCCGGUGCCGGGCUAGUUGCUGCUGUGUUGAUCGCCAUUUGCCCCGGUUAUAUCUCGAGGUCGGUGGCGGGGUCUUACGAUAAUGAGGGUGUUGCCAUUUUUGCUCUGUUACUUACUUUCUAUUUGUUCGUUAAGGCAGUGAAUACUGGUUCUCUUGCUUGGGCUUUGGCUUCAGCUUUUGGGUAUUUCUAUAUGGUCUCGGCUUGGGGUGGCUAUGUCUUUAUAAUUAAUUUGAUACCACUUUAUGUGCUGGUACUUUUGGUCACUGGGAGGUAUUCUAUGAGGUUGUAUGUUGCGUAUAAUUGCAUGUACAUUCUGGGAAUGUUGCUUGCUAUGCAGAUUCGAUUUGUGGGUUUUCAGCAUGUGCAGUCAGGUGAACAUAUGGCAUCAAUGGGCGUGUUUUUCUUGAUGCAGGUAUUUUACUUCUUAGGUUGGGUUAAGCACAUGUUAAAUGAUGAAAAGUUGUUUCAAGCCUUUUUGAGGAUCACUGUGACCUGUGCGGUUGGUGUGGGUGGUAUUGCUCUUGGACUUGGCACGGCAUCUGGAUACAUCUCCCCAUGGACUGGUCGAUUUUACUCUUUGCUGGAUCCGACUUAUGCAAAAGAUCACAUCCCCAUAAUUGCAUCAGUCUCUGAGCAUCAGCCAACAGCAUGGUCAUCUUUCAUGUUUGAUUUCCAUAUCCUGCUUUUCCUUUUCCCUGCGGGUCUAUAUUUCUGCUUCAAGCGGUUGUCAGAUGCCACAAUAUUUAUAGUUAUGUAUGGUCUCACGAGCAUGUAUUUCGCCGGGGUAAUGGUUCGGCUUAUUCUUGUUGCUACACCUGCAAUGUGCCUAAUUAGUGCUAUUGCAGUGUCUGCUACUAUAAAGAAUUUAACUCAGUUGGUGAGGGCAAAAAACAAGGUUCCUGUUACUGCUUCUGGUAAAGGAACUACUAGUUCAAAGGCUUCUUCUAAGGCUUCAUUUGAUCAAUCUCUGCCUUUCCAAAAAAAUGGUGCUACUGCAUUGCUUCUUGGUGCUUUUUACUUGCUGAGUAGAUAUGCUAUCCAUUGUACCUGGGUCACCUCGGAGGCAUACUCAUCCCCCUCAAUUGUAUUGGCUGCAAGAGGUGCCCAUGGCAACAGAGUGAUUUUUGAUGAUUACCGUGAAGCAUACUUUUGGCUUCGGCAGAAUACUCCUCCAAAUGCUAAGGUGAUGUCAUGGUGGGAUUAUGGGUACCAGAUCACUGCCAUGGGAAACAGAACUGUGAUUGUAGACAAUAACACCUGGAACAAUACGCAUAUUGCCACUGUUGGACGUGCAAUGUCAUCGUAUGAAGAUGAAGCAUAUGAGAUAAUGAGAUCACUGGAUGUGGAUUAUGUAUUAGUUGUAUUUGGAGGCGUCACUGGUUAUUCUUCUGAUGAUAUUAACAAAUUUUUGUGGAUGGUGAGAAUCGGAGGUGGUGUUUUCCCUAUCAUUAAGGAACCUGAUUACCUUGUUAAUGGUGAAUACCGUGUUGACAAAGGUGCUGCUCCCAAGAUGUUGAAUUGCCUAAUGUACAAGCUGUCUUACUAUCGGUUUGGGGAGCUAACAACAGAAUAUGGCAGACCUCCUGGGUAUGAUCGAGCGAGGGGAGUUGAAAUAGGAAAUAAGGACAUAAAGCUUGAAUACCUGGAAGAAGCAUUCACAACAUCCAACUGGAUAGUUCGGAUUUACAAAGUCAAACCACCAAAUAAUAGGUGGUGAUUAACAUAACCCCCCCUCCCUUUUAUGUAGGACAGAAGGAACAUGGUUGAUGAAUUUUGAGAGCUUCUUUUGUCUUAAGAACUAUUUAGUGAUAUACACAUUUUGCCAUUGAGUUUGUGUUUUUAACA